UAUGAUGAAUAAUGAUGUCCAUUUUUCAAGGAUUUUAAUUGUUGCUUUAUCAACACAAAAUCAAGAUUAUUAAUAAAAUCAAAAAGCAAUGCUAUUUUACUCUAAACUUCUAGAAGGAAUGAGACUCAAUUUUUUAAAAGAUUAUCCUAAUUACUACCAACUAUAAAAGAUUAAGCACUGA